AUGGUGAAGAAACAGAAAGGAUCAAUAUCGAAUAUUCCACCGGAAAUCAUAGAAAUUAUCCUAUCGAAACUAUCAGUUAAAUCUCUUCUUCGAUUCAAAUCAGUUUCAAAGUCAUGGAAUACGACGAUCUCCGAUCCCGUAUUCAUCCGCAAACAUCUCCGAAAUUCAAACACCUCGCCGAACAAUCUCUUCCUAAAGUACACGACUACGAAACCAGGGUUUACCCUCGUUAGGUUAAAAGAUCGAAAACUCGAAACCGAAGAAGCAGUAAUCGACAGCCCCUACAACUGCAACGCAGUUGUACUAUGCGAAUGCGACGGCAUGGUACUAUCGUGGUGCGGCAGUUCGACCGUCUACAGCAAGUACGUGUUGUGGAAUCCGUUGACCCGGAGCCGGAUCGAUUUCCACUGCCCGUACGGGUACGAUCAGUUGGAACCGUUCGAGUCGCACAAGUUCGCCAUCUGGCAUUUGUCGUCCCGUGCGAAAGUUAGCGCCGGGAUUUGCUACGACGCGGUCACUGACGAUUACAAGGUUGUCUUGGUUUCUCGAACGAAGUGCGUAGUUUACUCGUGCAGGGACAGUUCUUGGAAGGUUAAUAAAUUCGGAAUGCGGAAAUACCAUGGCGCUGGUCGUUCGGGAGUGUCGGUUGACGGAGCUAUUUAUUGGUUUUUGGGUAGAAAUUUAGUGAAAUUCGAUCCGAGAAACGACGAGCUCGAGACGUUGAAGAAGCCGAAAGAACUAUAUAAUAUCGGUGCUAAUGGCCGAUUCUAUGACUUGGCUUGUUUGAAUUGCAAGCUGUGUUUGUACUGGAAUGGCGAGACGAGUAUUCGGUUAUGGACAAAGGAAAAGGGUAUUAUUGGAAAUAAUCCUAAUUGGGAGGAGUUUGCAAUUAUCGAGAAAAAUGUGGGGUGUUUUCCGACUAGGAGGUUGCUUGAACCGCUAUGUUUCGUGGGAAAUAAGAUUUUGAUCGGGUUGUCUUGUUCGAGAUUCGUCUACUAUAGCCCUUCGGAAAAGACGAUCGAAGAAUUCGAAGUCGACGGUGGUGAUGUACAAGAAGAUUGCAGUCGACUCCUUCCGUAUCGGAAUAGUCUUUGCUUCCCUGCAAAGACUCGUCCCGUAUCGGAAUAG